UUCUGCAAAAGGUACAGCGAUUGGACUGCUGAGGACUGGGGUAAAGUCAUUUUCUCUGAUGAAUACCCUUUCCGAUUGUUUGGGGCAUCCGGAAAAAAGCUUGUCCGGAGAAGACAAGGUGAGUGCUACCAUCAGUCCUGUGUCAUGCCAACAGUAAAGCAUCCUGAGACCAUUCAUGUGUGGGGUUGCUUCUCAGCCAAGGGAGUGGUUAAUCCUCAAGAGGUGGUGGACAAACAAAACCCCACAAAUUCUGACAAACUCCAAGCAUUGAUUAUGCAAGAAUGGUCUGCCAUCAGUCAGGAUGUGGCCCAGAAGUUAAUUGACAGUGUCACGUCCUGACCUUAGUUCCUUUUUUAUGUCUCUAUUUUAGUUUUGUCAGAUCGUGAGUUGGGGUGGAUAUUCUAUGUUUGUUCUGUGUGUUAUAGUUCUAUGUGUUUGGCCUGGUAUGGUUCCCAAUCAGAGGCAGCUGUCAAUCGUUGUCUCUGAUUGAGAACCAUACUUCGGUAGCCUGUUCCCACUUGGUGUUUGUGGAUAGUUGUUUUUCUGUAUCUGUGUUUUCACCAUAAAGAACUGUUUCCAUUUUCAUUUCUUUCCCUCACUUGGACCACGCUGCAUUUUGGUCCAAUCCUUCCUACUCCUCAUCAGACGAAGAAGUUAGUUACAGACAGCAUGCCGGGGUGGAUUGCAGAGGUCUUGAAAACCAAUCAGCCACAUGCCAAAGUUUACACACACGCCUACCUCUUCCCAUUUCCAGUGUCUCAACAGACUCACAAUGCCACUGCAUAUGACUCUGCAAUAAUCUACAGAGGCUUCUGGAGUAUCUUCAUGCUAAUUGGUGUGGCUGCCGUCGUAAUGGGCGGGUUUUUUAUCAUCUGUGCUGCCCCAUUCGCCAGUCACCGUCUAUAUAAGGCUGGGGGCGGCCUCUUCCUGAUGUCCGCUCUGUUCCUGCUGGGUGUGGUGUGGAUGUCUGUGCUGUGGGUGGAGUUGAUGGACGUGGUGGAGUUCUCCGUGGACCACCAGCGCUCCUCUUUGUGCCCCACCUUCGACCUCACCAUCCACUACGGCCUGUCCUUCUUCUUCGCCCCCGUCGGCAUCUCCUUCUGCCUGCUGGCUGGACUGCUCUUCCUCCUCAUUGGCCGGUCCGUACAGAUGCAGUAUCACUGAUUGGUGUUGCCGUGACGAUAGGGGGAGGCUUCCGAAACUCUGCAACAGGUUUGGGGCCAAUUCUAUUUCCAUUCCUUUAAUUCAGUAAGUCAACUGAAAUUCAAAUUCCACAUUCCUCUCCUAGAGAAGCAUUGAGAUACAUUUGAAUUGGAAUUUCAGUUUACUUCCUGAAUUGACUGAAUUUACAAAUCAUUGACCCCAACCCUGCUCUGUAACUUCAAGAAUGUGUUGAAAAUCUCUGCGUUCUGUCAAUCAUCCACCAAUAGAAUGAACUCUGUGGUGUCACUGAUUUGACUGGUUACAUUGACAUGUUUCAGUCACUGCCAGUGUUUGACAGAGUUCCACCUAGUGACACCCUAUACCCCCAUAUUAGUGCACUACUUUUCACCAGAGUUUCUAUAGGGAAUAGGGAACCACUUGAGAUGCAUGCAGCCAAGUCCUAAAUUCCCCAUCACUACAUGUUCUUCACCUGACACAUACAGUACUGGGAGACACAGGAUUGGUUGGUUGAAACGCGGCAGCGGAUGUUGGUGAUUUGCCUAUGCAGGCUGUCUGCAGUCACAUGUCAGAUGUUGCCGUAGCAGCGAGUAGGAAAUGACGAUGAUAAAGGAUCAGGAAGAGUGUUUUGUUUGGGAGUUCUUUCUCUUUGUAUUGGUAUCCUUAGUCAAAUGGUUUUUAGAAGGCUGCUACUGAGUGUGUUGAGUUGUCCUUUAACAUAAAUGAAGGGCGAACAAGUCACUUUAUAUGCUGUAGAUGUGGUUACCACUUUUGUAAAUGGAAAACAUGUGUAUUCCCUUUUCAAUUAUUUACACAUUUUGAGAGGAAAUGUGAAUGCCUCACCGUGAUAGAAGCAUGCUGCGUGAAGAGUUAGAAAUAAAUGUGAAUGCCUCACCGUGAUAGAAGCAUGCUGUGUGAAGAGUUAGAAAUAAAUGUGAAUGCCUCACCGUGAUAGAAGCAUGCUGUGUGAAGAGUUAGAAAUAAAUGUGAAUGCCUCACCGUGAUAGAAGCAUGCUGUGUGAAGAGUUAGAAAUAAGUGUGAAUGCCUCACCGUGAUAGAAGCAUGCUGCGUGAAGAGUUAGAAAUAAGUGUGAAUGCCUCACCGUGAUAGAAGCAUGCUGUGUGAAGAGUUAGAAAUAAGUGUGAAUGCCUCACCGUGAUAGAAGCAUGCUGUGUGAAGAGUUAGAAAUAAGUGUGAAUGCCUCACCGUGAUAGAAGCAUGCUGCGUGAAGAGUUAGAAAUAAGUGUGAAUGCCUCACCGUGAUAGAAGCAUGCUGCGUGAAGAGUUAGAAAUAAGUGUGAAUGCCUCACCGUGAUAGAAGCAUGCUGCGUGAAGAGUUAGAAAUAAGUGUGAAUGCCUCACUGUGAUAGAAGCAUGCUGCGUGAAGAGUUAGAAAUAAGUGUGAAUGCCUCACCGUGAUAGAAGCAUGCUGCGUGAAGAGUUAGAAAUAAGUGUGAAUGCCUCACCGUGAUAGAAGCAUGCUGUGUGAAGAGUUAGAAAUAAGUGUGAAUGCCUCACCGUGAUAGAAGCAUGCUGCGUGAAGAGUUAGAAAUAAGUGUGAAUGCCUCACCGUGAUAGAAGCAUGCUGCGUGAAGAGUUAGAAAUAAGUGUGAAUGCCUCACUGUGAUAGAAGCAUGCUGCGUGAAGAGUUAGAAAUAAGUGUGAAUGCCUCACCGUGAUAGAAGCAUGCUGCGUGAAGAGUUAGAAAUAAGUGUAAAUGCCUCACCGUGAUAGAAGCAUGCUGUGUGAAGAGUUAGAAAUAAAUGUAAAUGCCUCACCGUGAUAGAAGCAUGCUGCGUGAAGAGUUAGAAAUAAGUGUGAAUGCCUCACCGUGAUAGAAGCAUGCUGCGUGAAGAGUUAGAAAUAAGUGUGAAUGCCUCACCGUGAUAGAAGCAUGCUGCGUGAAGAGUUAGAAAUAAAUGUAAAUGCCUCACCGUGAUAGAAGCAUGCUGCGUGAAGAGUUAGAAAUAAAUGUAAAUGCCUCACCGUGAUAGAAGCAUGCUGCGUGAAGAGUUAGAAAUAAGCCGUAGAAGUGGAGAUUAGAUCACCAUAAAGUGAUUCAUAUUAAUGAUCGGGGCAUUUCACUGUGUGAUUUUAAUUUUGAUUUUGAUAUUCAGCCUUCUUGACACUGCACUGUCAGUUUAGUCCUUAUUUCUGGUCAAACCAGCCAAUCAGAUAUCUUAGUGCCUUCUGAGAAAAACGUGUGUUAUAGUGAAUUAAUGGUUAAUAUAAGAGCCAUAUAUUUAGAAUAUAUGAAUAUACUGUAUGGCUCUGGUUAAGAUGUUAGAGUAAAGUACUUGUUUGCUUUGUAAACACACUGAACAAGAAUACAAACGCAACAUGCAACAAUUUCUAAGAUUUUACUGAGUUACAGUUCAUAUGAGGAAAUCAGUCUGGGACUGGGAAUACAGAUAUGCAUCUGUUGGUCUCAGAUACCUUAAAAAAAAGGUAGGGGCAUGGAUCAGAAACCCAGUCAGUAUCUGGUGUGACCACCAUUACCAUAGCCUCACCGCCACCAUGGGGCACUCUGUUCACAAUGUUGACAUCAGCAAACC